AUGGCGCGGGACUGUGUGGUCGGAGUCGGCCAGAUCAUCGAGAUGCAUAUCUUAGUUCGAGGAGGGCGCCAGUUCGACGCAGAGACCGAUGGCUGCAUUAUAGCGACAGCGACCUGGCAGAGGGACAUGAUUGCCCACGGAGCGACGCAGUGGAGAGCGUUGUCAUUGCUAGCCGGCACAGCACUCAUGGUUGCGUCCAAGUAUGAGGAAAAUCAGAAUAUCCAGGUAGGAAUGGCCGUUAUAGCUGAGAUUCUUCAAAUUCAUGACUUUACGAAACGGCAAAAGAGGCGACUCGCGAUAAUUGAAAGGAUAUUCUUACAGGUGAUCGAUUGGAAUUUGGGUGUUCCAGGGCCCCUGCCAUUUCUACAACAUUUUAUUCACGAGCGAAGAAUAAGACCAGAGACGGCAAUUAGUGGCAACGAGACCAAUGAGCAAUACGAAAAUCACCAUUCUAAUCAAGAAUAUACUCGCAAAAGAGCAAGCACGUCAAACGAAGCUCUCGUUCAAGUCGUAGCAGAAAGUUGUAUUCGGAUUGCGAUGACACAACAUGAUGUUGCCUGGUAUGAUCCCAAUGUGAUGGCCGGGAUAUGUUAUCAACUAGCCCUAUAUGUCGUUCAGAGCGCUAAGCCAGACGGCUACACGGACUUGUUCACAGAGCACGAUGCUAGGAUGAAAUAUUUGGCCUCGCGAACGAAACUCACCAAUCUGUACGAUGUCCUUGUUCGUGGCAACUAUCAGCCCAUUUCCAAAGGCGUGCAGAUCAAGCGCAGCGCUGACUUCAAUUCAAUCCUAUGGUAA